AUGAAUCUUUUCCGUUUAUUGGGUGACUUGUCGCAUCUCGCUUCCAUCCUCAUUCUUGUGCAUAAAAUUCGAACGUCACGGUCAUGUCGAGGCAUUUCCUUCAAAACUCAAGCCCUCUACGUUGCAGUUUUCGUCGCCCGUUACCUUGAUUUAUUCUUCCGUUUCAUCUCGAUCUACAACACGGUUAUGAAGGUCUUUUUCAUUGGAAGCAGUUGCUACAUAUUGUACCUCAUGAAAUUCCGAUACCGACCCACGAAUGAUCCCUCCAUUGACACUUUCAGACUCGAGUACUUGAUAGGGCCUUGUGUCAUCCUAUCACUGAUAUUCAAUUAUCAGUUCUGGUUCACAGAAAUUCUUUGGUCGUUCUCGAUUUUCCUGGAAUCCGUAGCAAUUCUCCCCCAGCUAUUCAUGCUUCAACGAACUGGAGAGGCAGAGACAAUUACUACCCACUACCUUGCGGCUUUGGGUAUAUAUCGGGCACUAUAUAUUCCAAAUUGGAUUUAUCGGUACUUCUCCGAAGGCGUUGUCGAUCCCAUCGCUAUCACCGCAGGAAUAGUGCAAACUGGCUUAUAUAUAGAUUUCUUCUACAUCUAUUUUACAAAAGUACUCCAAGGACAAAAGUUCGAACUUCCUGCAUGA